UGGUAAACUUGAAUAUAUUUACGUUGGUGGAAUUGAGAUAACCAAAAUGUUUUCUUCGAAGUUAACAAAAUCAGCUGGUCAUUAUCAUAAAGUAGUGUCAAAAGGCGAUAAAAUAUUCCUCAGAAAUAUCAGUUUGAGUUUUAUAAACAACAAAAUGAGUGAUUGGAGAACUGAAAAACGAAAAUUUCUUUCGAUGGGUACCGAGGAAAAAAGAAAAUUUUACAAAUCGAGCCAACAGCUAGAAGAAAUUCCUACUUGGAAAGAAUAUGCCAAAGGAAAAAAAUUGCUACCAAAAAUAGACCUCUUAUCAGGGCACAAGAUUGACCCCUCGAAAAAUGCCGUUUUGUCCGAUAAAAUUUCAUAUUUUUCGGGGGAUAUAACUUGUCUGGAGAUUGAUGCAAUAGUCAAUGCAGCAAAUGAAAGUUUACAAGGAGGUGGUGGAGUGGAUGGGGCCAUUCACAGAGCUGCUGGAAAGAUGCUAAAAGAAGAAUGUAUAACUUUGGGAGGCUGUUCCACUGGAGAAGCAAAAAUUACUGGUGGUUAUAAAUUGCCUGCUAAGUAUGUUAUUCACACAGUUGGUCCAAUCGGAGAAAAACCUGAUAAGCUCAAGAACUGUUACUCCAACAGCUUGAAGGUCAUGCUGGAAAAUAAUCUGAAAUCAGUAGCGUUCCCAUGUAUUUCUACUGGAGUUUAUAGGUAUCCAAAUUUGGCUGCAGCUCAUGUCGCAGCAUAUGCCGUCAGACAGCAUUUGGAAUCAAACACAGAAGCAGUUGACAGAGUAAUAUUUUGCUUGUUUAUGGAUGAAGACAAAAAAAUAUAUGAACAACUGUUGCAGUCUUAUUUUCCACUGGAAUAAUUUUCAUGUCUAUUUAUAAGGGUAUAUUCCUAAGUGUCAGUUGUUGCAUAGAAAAAUAACUUUCGGAAUUUAUCAUUUUAAGUUAUGUUUUUUACAGUUUUGGUUAUUUUUGUAUUAUCCUCUGUAUGUCUAGUUAUUUAUAACAUACUUUCAAGUAAUCAAACCAAAUGACUGCAUAUUUUAUAUAAGAGAUGUAAUAGAGGAAUUAUAGUUAUGAACAUUUU